AUGAGCGAAAGCAAGAUUCCUGCUCUUCCUGCUCCGGACGUCAGGACUGGAAAAGACUAUUAUGAGGAUGAAAAUGCUGACACGGUCGUCGCAACAAGUUCUUCGGACAAUUCUAACCUGUCCAAGGCCCCCAAAGACCAGAAUAUACCGAAUACACCUGAUAUUACUCAUCACACUGAAGGAGGCUCUAAGGAUGAUGUAAAGGGCGACAAUGAAAAUGCAUCGUCCAUCCCAGUUCCCUCCAAGAAGGCACCGCAUUCCUCGAGCGACGCUGAACAUGUGCCUUCUGUGACUCCGAAAGUCCAGCAUAUACCAAGUCAGCCUACUGACAAUGCGAAGGCAUCCGAAGGCCAUCUGCAGAUAGGAAACCUUCGGCAGAAGAGAUCCAAAGAAAUUGACAGAAUCUUGACUGGUGAUGAGAACGAAUAUGAGCGAAUUUUGGGUGUUUCAAAAUCAUCUGAUCCAAAGGCUGUGCAGAAAGCCUUUCAUAAGAAGGCAUUGCUUGUUCAUCCUGACAAAAACGAUGGCAAAGCAAAGGCCACUGCCGCAUUUAAAUUGCUUAUUAGCGCAUCCGAGAAUAUCCUUACCAAAAAGCAGUGUGAUGAGUUGAAUAUAUCAGCUUCGUGGCAUCCAAAUGCAUAUGAGGACGACAGUGACAGUUACUCAUCCGAUGAUGACGAACCAGACACUGAACCAGACACCGAGUCCAAGAGCCAUGGAAAAGAGGCUAAAAAGGCAAAUGCUCCAGACAAUAUCAAAGCCAUAUACCAGGAAGCGACUCCCUAUGUUUUGAAACUAUUCAAAAAUGCAAAAGACGAAGCAGCACAUAAGGAACUGUCAGCGGCGGCAGACAGAAUAUCGCAGUAUUAUGAAAAUCAUCCCGAACCGCCACCAUCCACUGAGCGGUUUACUAUUGGCCAAUCAUACCUCACAGAACUCGCCAAAAAUAUAAAAGCUCUAGAACCAAAGAUCAAAGCAGGGGAUGAGAAAGCGUGGACUGAGUAUCAGAAGCAUCAGGCGUCGUUGACCAUGCAUGCCAGAAUGUUUGAUUGGCCGGAAACAUGGCGACUUCCCAAUCAGAGCCCGGAAUACGGCCGUGAGACCUUACACAGGCUCGCCGAUGGUCACAUACAGAAGUUAAAAAUGCAGCCCGGAGACGAGGAGGCUCUAACAGCUCUUCGGAAACUGAAUAGCUGGAUAGAGGAAUAUGAGACUAAGAACAGCACUAUGAACUCUAUUAUAAUUGAUAUAGAAAAAUUGCGUUCUUCCUACUCGACGAUGCAAAAAUGGCUUCCGAGCCUCAAACAAGAUCCAAAUAAUAUUGAGGCUCGGAGGAAGGUGGAUACGGUCAAUGACGAAAUAAAGGAUCAGUGUACGAAAAAUAACUAUCCUCAUACCUGGGCUUAUGAUCUACCUGGUCAACGCAAUCCUCAGCCAAGUCCUUCUCCACCAGGGAUAAGAAGUAGGGAUAAUGAGUUGAUAUGUGGCAUUCAGAAGAUAGGCAAUGGCUAUAGGGUCGCUGUCGCGAAAAAUGACAAAAUCCCCAUCGGCGAGUUACGGCCUGGGGCUAAAGUCGGGCAUGACAGCGUUGAUAAAUAUAUGGCAUCGGAAGGACGCAUUGAGAAGACAAAUCUCGAGCGUGAUUCCGAAAACGGCCGAAAGUACCGUGUACGGGCUGUUUUCAAACAAGACGGACCAAAAAACAUUACCUGGGUUGGGCUCCAGGACAAAAGCAAGCCAGAACCGUCUAAGCCCUACCUUGUAACACUAACCAACUAUCGCGAGAUACGAAGGGGCAUUGAUGCAGACUACGAUGUUCGAGAUCUUUAUCGGGAGUACAACGUACCACUUCCUCUUCACAUCAGCAAGCGCCUGGCAGGAUCCUCUCGGUCUACAGUGCCACAGAUAGCUGAGCCGAAACAGCAGGCAGAUAAGCCUCCGUUGCAGCUUGAUGACCGAGCAGCACCGGAUGAUACUGGUGCGGCCAUGUUCGAAGAGUUCCUCAAUAGUCUUCGAAAUCAGCGAUACAAAGACACAAAAUUAAGUGAGCAGGAGAAAGAGAUUAGAGCACUUCGUGCUGAACUGAAUAAGUUCAAAAUGGGCUGA